CGUUCUCUUUCUGUAGUCGUUAGAUGUACUGUGAAUACUUACCUAACAUACUUGGGUAAUCAUCUGUUAUUUAUAUACAUUUUACCAUAGUAAAAUAUAUUAUUGAUCAUCUCGUGUAUUCAGUUUUAUACUAGGUACCUCGGUAUAUAAACCGUACAAUAUACCUACCUAGUGUUGUAUUAGGUUACCUGUACACACGGUACACAACCUACUUAGGAACCCGAACUUCUCAAGUCAAGUUUCAAGUCUUAAGUCCCACUCCUCGCCUUACGCAUCGAUCGAUUUGAACAUUGAACAUUGAACAUUUAAACCUUAAACCUUAGCAACGCCCCGUCGCUAGUUGGCGCUAUUCGGCCCAUGCUUUUUGGGGGACCAGCCCUCUCCCUUUCCCAUCCCACCCUUGUACAAGUUUUACAUACCUAACCUUCGGUACCUGGGAGUAAAACCAUGAGUCGUCGAUACUCUUUCGACUUUGAAUCUGAUGAGCGCGACCCCCUCGACAACCCGAAAGACCCAAAUUCUAACUACGUACAUUCCAGUCGCCAGCAGCGCUCUCCCUCUCCUUCCUCUCAUAUCCCUUCGCAAACAUCACAGCCUCGAUCUUACCAAGAUCAUCCCUCUCCGUCUUCCUCUUCCGAAUCGUACCGUUAUCCAGCACGAACUUCGCCCACGAGAGCAUCAAUUGACCCUAAUGCUCGCCUCCAUUUAGCAUCCAAUAACUCCCGCCAGGAUAGGAUAUAUAACGGAAGGGCAAAGAGAGUUGUCGCGCCUGAAACUGGGACUUUAGCCGGGGGGAUCUAUGUUGCGGAAUACCCAUCUUUAUCUGGUCCUGUACCGCCGCCUCACCGAGAAAACAGUACAUCCAGUUGGACAUCCAGUUGGGGGCAUCAGUUUUCUCAGCCUAACGUUACUCCGGGCGCCGACAAUUUUAGCGAGACUGCCGCUGGUGGUAUGUCCGGGCUGGCCAUGAGUGUUGCGGAAAGGAACGCACGAGAAAGUGGACUAGAAGCCAUGAGAGAAUCUCGUCAAUAUCAGGAACCCCAGCGCCAACAGGUUCCCUAUUCCGACGCGUACCAAACUACCCUGCCGCCAGAAGCACCCUACGAUCAGUCUCAAAACCACGCGUACGAUCGGAAUUAUGACACGCCCCAAGGUUACGGUUCCGCUCCCUAUGGUCCACUCGAUCAGGUCUACAAUUCCUCACCUAGCCUAACUCCUUCAGGAACUGCAGCUAUGUCUCAUUCAGGCCAAGGGACGCCGACGCGGGGUAUGCCUGGCUACUCUAGCGAUCCGUUUCGGGAUCCUCGCAUGGCCUACGGUCGAAGAAUGGACCCUGCACUUGAUCAGUUCAAUCCAAACGACAUUGACGAUGACGGUGACGAUGGCCUCGACUACCGACGCUCUACUCGGAACAGCAAAUUAGGUCUUGGGGGAUCGAGUCAUCGAGGCGGUAAGAGCAUUGCAGCUGGUGCCACUGGCGCUGCGGCCGGUGCUGGUAUCAUUGGCGGCCUUAUGGGAAGGAAUCGAAAUAGCGGCAUCAUUUAUGAUCCAGUAGAUAACACGAGCUCUGCAGGCAGGCUUGGCGACGUGAGCGGUGGAUACGACACGGGCGGCGGUGCAGAGAAACAGUCGGAGUGGUUAUCCAGUCAAAACAACAGUCGCAAAAAGUGGAAAUGGUUCAUUCUAAUACUUGUCGGCCUUAUCAUUGCCGGUGGAAUAGUAGGCGGCAUCGUGGGCGGCAUUUUGGUUAGUAGGAAUAAAAGUGGCGAUUCAAGCAGCGCCAGUGGCGUCCAAUCCGCUGCAUCGGACAUUGCUACGAACGGGGAUUUGGACCUCACAUCGAACGAGAUUCAGGCACUAAUGAACAACCACAACCUACACAAGGUCUUUCCUGGUGUCGACUAUACGCCUAUCAAUGUUCAGUUCCCGGAGUGCCUUGAGAACCCGCCUUCUCAGAACAAUGUUACUCGAGACGUUGCUGUACUAUCCCAGCUAACAAACACUAUUCGCCUCUACGGCACCGACUGCAAUCAGACGGAGAUGACAAUCCAUGCCCUGAGACAACUAAAGCUCGAGGACGACAUCAAGAUCUGGCUUGGUGUAUGGCAAGACGGAAACGACACCACAAAUGAGCGUCAACUAAGCAAGAUGUGGAAUAUUUUAGACGAGUACGGGGCCGACCCAUUCAAGGGGCUUAUCAUUGGCAACGAGAUCUUGUUCCGGGAGCAGAUGACCGCCUCACAGCUCAGCGAGCUCCUGGAUUUGGUACGAACCAAUUUGACCAAACAUAACUGGAACCUUCCUGUUGCGACGAGCGACCUCGGCGACAACUGGGAUUCGCAACUCGCCGGUAUGAGCGACUAUAUUAUGGGCAAUAUCCAUCCUUUUUUCGCCGGCGUCAAUGCUGAGGACGCCGCUUCUUGGACGUGGCAGUUCUGGGAGAACAAGGCACACGGAUUCUUCAAAAAGGAAAGCGAGAAGAAUGUCAUCUCUGAGAUUGGCUGGCCAACGAAGGGUGGAACUAACUGCGGCAGCAGCCAGGUGACAGAUUGUCCUAACGGUUCUGUGGCAGGCGUCGACGAAUUGAAUACGCUGAUGGAGAGUUGGGUCUGCCAGGCCCUCGAGAACGGGACCAAUUAUUUCUGGUUUGAGAUGUUUGACGAACCUUGGAAAAUCAGUUUCGACACACCCGGCAAGGAAUGGGAAGAUCAAUGGGGCCUAAUGGAUGUCAACAGAAAUCUGAAAGAGGGUGUCAAAAUCCCGGACUGCGGGGGGAAAACGGUUUGAAGGCAUGGCAGAAACACUGCUUUUCCCGAUUCCUCAAGCAAUUAGUAUAGUUGACUUGGCAGUACGCUGUUAUGUAUUAUACGAAGCAACGCCAGUUAAGGCGGGAGGUCAUACAAAGGGUCAUACGAAGUGCGGCAAGUCUCGGUCUCGGUCUCGGUCUUGGUCUCGGUAUCGGUGCCAGUGUCGGCGUGGUGUUGUUCAUGUUUCAUGGCCUGCACUGAUACAUACGAUUCUCGGCGCAGUGGUUUAAAAGAAGCAAGCAUUAGAGAGCAUCAAUGAGGGGUAUGAAUAGGUGGGCGGCAAGGCGUUAUUAUCGUCGCGCACACGUAUAACAUUAUCAUAGGUUACAAUUCUGUCUUUAUGGUGUUUUGGAGGUUUGGGUUUAGUACCUUAGGUUAGGUACCUACCUACCUAGGUUACCUGGUAUGUAUUAUAGACUAGGUCACUUAUUUUGGGGGGGAUGAGGUAAAUGAUCA